AUGGCCGCCGUCCGAUGCGCGUUCCUCCCCGCGACGACGAAGGGCGUCCGAUGCCCGAACGCAAACCUCGCGCGCGCGCGACGCGACGCGACGACGCCGCGACCGGUCGUCGUCGCUCCGCGCCGCGGCGGCGGGGACGGAAACGACCACGGCGGCGUCGACGACGGCCGUCGUCGUCGACGCGGCGUCGGCGUCGUCGCGCGCGGGAAGAAGAAGAAAGGCUUCGCGGAGCUCUUGGGCGGGGAGGACGAGCCCGUCGUCGUCGCCAAGUCGAAGUCCUCGACCGAGUUGAGCGCGUCCGAGCGGUGCCCGUGCGGCGGCGGCGCGGAGGGAGCGCCGUACGCGCGAUGCUGCAAACCCUUCCACAAGAACGAAUCCUACCCGGACGACUGCGUGACGUUGAUGCGGUCGCGGUUCUCCGCGUACGCCAAGGGCGAGGGCGAGUACGUCGUCAAGACCACGCACCCGGAGAAUCCCAUCUUCCGCGACGGCGCGAAAGCGGAGAGCGGGAAGGUGGUGUCGUCGCUCGCGGAGGACGUGCGCAUGACGUGCAAAAAGGUGAAAUUUUACGGCCUCGAGAUCGUCACCGAUCGCGCGGGGAAAAACGCCGAGGAGCACAUGGUCGGGUUCAAGUACAAGUGCAGGGUCGUCGGUCAGAAAGGGUUUAAAGAGGGCGCGGAGGAGAAUCACUCGGAGCUGAGCACGUUUCGAAAGGGCGCGGAGGACGGGAAGUGGCUCUUCUUGGACGGGAUAACCGGCGCGGUGGAGUGA